AGGAGAAUCAGAGCAGGGAAUCCCCUCAGAUAUAGAGAGCAGGGAAUCCCCUCAGAGGUUUUGGUUGAUUGAUGAAAAUGGAGGAUGGGUCGUCUUUGAAAAGAAUAACAGGUCUUAUUACUGACUUGAUGGGGAGACCACUACCAUCAGCUGUGAGUGAGAUUAUUGAUCAGCUGUACAAAGAGAUAGAAUAUCUGGGGGAAAAUGGAAUCCAGUGUUCGAAUGCUCAGGUUGACGAAUGUGCUAUCAAUUUGUGGAACUGGGGUGUAACAAAGAGGGCAGAAGACUCCAUUACUGAGGAUGACAGAGCUAGAGUACGGCAUAUAUCCUGUAAGCUUGGGUUGUGGUGUGAAGGGCCUGAGCCUUCUGAAGGAACUUUGCGCAGAAACAUAUUGAUGGCCAUGAAGACUGGGAAGGGCUGGAUCGAUGUUGGCAAGUUUGACCUUGCAAACGGAUUCCUUGAAACUGCACUGAAUAGCCUGGAGAAGCUGUAUUUACUGCUAACACAGAGGUAUACACAAGAGGCAGAUAUAAACAUGCACAAAAUAUAUGUGGAGAAGGAUCUAUUUAAAGUACUCUCAUAUCAGGCAGAAGUGGCUAUAGCUCAAAAAGACUUCAAUAUGGCUUCACUUAGAAUUCAGAGAUGCAAAGAAAUGCUGCAAAGGCAACCAAAAGAGGCUGUGUACUUGUCAGUUUUGUGUUACAACUUUGGUGUAGAGACAUAUGAGGGGAAACUUUAUGAGCAGAGCUCAUUCUGGCUGAGUCAGAGCUACGAGAUUGGAAAAAUGGAUGAGAGAUACAGCAAUGGAAAAGAGAUGCAGACCAAAGUACUGCGACUCCUUGCUACUGUGUACUGGGAGUGGGACUGCAAAAUCUACCAAGACAAAGCUAUCAGCAUCAUCAAUAUGGCUAAUGAGGAGUAUUUACAUCCUGCUGGUCUCUUCUUAAAAAUGAAAAUUCUUUUGCAUUGCUUCACGCCUGAUGAUGUCCUCAGUACAGUGGUUACAGAAAUGCUGCAUCAUGAUCUCUCACUGGAGAUUUAUCUGAACACUGUGAGACUGCUCUUGGAACAUAGGAGGGAUUGUGUUGGAUUUGACUUUCUGAAGAUGACCUGCAAGAAAUUUGAAUCUUCUCCUGAUCUUCAGAAAGCACUUAUUCUGUAUAUUGAACUUCUGCUGCUGAGAGGGAAGGAGUUGCUUGCACAGCAAAAGAUAGAAGACCUUAUUACAGGUCAUUACUCAAAAAAGCAGUUGUCUCCAGAAAUGCUGAGCCAUUUGCAUGCCAUCUUGUGGGAUUAUGCAGCCAAAUGCUUUGAGGCAAAGAACUAUGCUGAAGCUUUGCAGUGGUAUAACUACUCCUUAAGCUUCUUUGCUUCUGGAACAGCUGAACUCAGCCUUGCCAAACUUCAGAGGAACCGAGCGUCUUGCUACAUAUUACUCAAGCAAUAUCCCAAGGCUAAAGAGGCUGCAAAGGAUGCUGAGCGUUGUUGUCCAGACAGCAUUUUCACUCAGUUUACCUUGUUCAAGAUUGAGAUUCUACAGAAUAAUAUCAGUGAAGCUACUUAUGCUCUUCUUGCCAUGAAGAGAUUGGCAGCACAAUCAAAAUCAGAUGAUUUGCUCAUGGAACAGUCCUGCACACCAAUGGAUUUGCUAAGCCUCGCAGCACAAAUAGCCUUGGAGGGAGGACACCAUGAAGUUGCCAUUAAAGCUUUGGAAAUCCUGGCUGAGCAGUCUUCAGACAUCCAGCAAGUAUUUACAGCUCUCAGGUGUUUGGUAAGGUUGAUACUCUCAAAAGAAGACGGAGAUUUAGAAGAUAAAGGGGUUGAUGACAUAGAUCUCUUAAUUCUGUAUUUAAACACAGUGCACAAUAAGCUGGCAGAGUCUCAAAAGGAAGGAGCCUUGAACCAAGAAAAUUGGAUCAGCGAGGCAAACUGGUUCCGAAAAAUUGCAUGGAAUCUUGCAGUGAAAAAACAGGAAUCCCCACAGAGAAUGAGAGAUUGCUUCAUCCUCUCUUACAAGAUCUCCCUCUUUUGCCCCUGUGAUAAGCCAAUCCUUGUGGCGCAAAAAUCCUGCCUUCUUCUAGCAGCUGCUGUAGACUUGGAUAUGGCCAGGAAGGCCACUGAUCACUGUAAACAGGUACAGCUACUCACUCAGUCACUGGAAUAUAUCCAACUAUGUCGCGAAAUAUGGAGAGUUCUCCAGUCCACUGGUGAACUCUUUAAUGACCCAACAGAGAUUCUUCUGCUACUUUAUGAAUUUGAAGUCAGGGCUAAGUUAAAUGAUCCACGGCUGGACUCUGUUUUAGAAGCUGUAUGGGAGUUGCCAAAUCUUGAAAUCAAGACUUUAGAAACUAUUGCUUCCUUGUCCAUGGAGACCCCUGCAUAUUAUCCAUCUAUCUGUAAGCGGGCAUUGCAGGGGGCACUUUCACUGCUUAAAAAGCAAGACCCAGUGGAUACGCCAAGGAUAAGUAAAUGUCUGCACAGUCUGGUGAAGCUAAACAUACCUAAUGAGAUGAUGGAGGUAGAGCCUUGUGUACAAGAGGAAGUGUGGCGAUAUUACCAAGAGGCCAUCACUAUUAUCACUACUUACGAGGGUUAUCCAGAAAUGGAGAUUCUCUGGUUAAUGACACGGGCUUGGAAUACAGGGGCACUGCUCUACAGUGUGAGUAGGUAUACAGACACAGAGCAUUGGUGCGCUCUGGCCAUGCGACUACUCAAUCACCUGGGAUCUUUAAAGAGCACCUAUGAGACUCAGAUGGCUGGUCUGUACAGCGAGAUUCUAGCACGAUUAGACAAAGCAAAAAGGGCCCAACCAAGUAAAUAAUCCAGAAAUCGACCCACAGAACAUAAUCUCCUAGAACUGAUUUUGUGUUUCGCGUUUUACCUGAAUUCUGAAAAAUAAAAAAACUCAUGUUGGAACUAUA